UGCGGAGUGUCUCCUUCCUUCCUUCUCCAUCCCGGAGGUUCGGUGUCACCGUCAAGCCUGCGGGGGGGUUUUACCGAGCCGAGCGGCGGCAGCAGCAGCAGCAGCAGGGGCGUGAGAGGCGGAUGCUGCGAGCGUAGAGGCAGGGUACCAACCAGGAGCAUCACCGCACUCAGCACGAUGGACAGAAUGAAUUUUCUAUCCUUCUUCCUCCUUUGCUUGACUUCGGUUGCCAAUGGCAACAAAGCCAAUAAGCACAAGCCAUGGAUCGAGACAGAGUACCAGGGGAUUGUCAUGGAGAAUGACAACACCGUGCUGCUCAACCCCCCUCUUUUUGCUCUGGACAAAGAUGCUCCUCUUCACUAUGCUGGUGAAAUCUGUGGUUUCCGGGUUCAUAAUGGCCCACUGGGUUCGGGUACGGUCCAGUUUGAAGCAGUGGUUCUGGACCGCUCCACCGGUGAGGGUCUGGUCCGGUCCAAGGAGCCACUGGAUUGUGAGAGCCAGCGUGAGCACAGCUUCACCAUCCAGGCCUACGACUGCGGGGAAGGACCUGAUGGAGUCAACAGCAAAAAAUCCCACAAGGCCACGGUGCACGUUCGUGUGAAUGACGUCAAUGAGUUCUCCCCCGUGUUUGUGGAGCGCCGCUACGAGGCCUCGGUCCCCGAAGGGCGCCUGUUUGAUCGAAUCGUGCGCGUGGAGGCUUUGGACGCCGACUGCUCCCCGCAGUACAGCCAGAUCUGCUUCUAUGACAUCAUCACUCCCAAUGUGCCCUUUGCUAUUGACAACGACGGUAACAUUAAAAAUACAGAGCCGUUGGAUUCAAAGCAGCAGCAUGUUCACACCUUCUGGGUGACCGCCUUCGACUGUGGAAAGAAUCGUGCUCAGGCCGACGCCCAGGUCUCCAUUACGGUCAAGCCGUCCUGCAAACCCGGCUGGAUCGGAUGGACCAAGCGAGUGGAGUACACACCUGGAUCAGGCAGUGUCCCUCUCUUCCCCAGCCUGCAUUUAGAGACAUGCGAAGAGACUGUAUGGAACAUCCAGGCCACCGUAGAGCUCCAGACCGGCCACAUUGGGAAGGGCUGCGAUCGAGACAGCUACUCUGACAGAUCUGUGCGUCGACUGUGUGGUGCUGUGAGGGGUGAAGUCGACCUCCUCCCACCUCCAUCACCUGCAGCCAACUGGACUUCUGCUCUACCAACUCUCCCUUCUUCCGACUCAUCUUUAGUCUUCUCCUUUAACGGAUCCAACCAUGUCGCCGUUGUGCCUGAUUCUGUCGUGUCGGCGUUGUCCGGCGAUCAUUUCACGCUCCAGCUGUGGAUGCGAAGGGGCGGGGCUAAUAUUCAGCCAGCCACUACUCAAACACGAGGAAGUCGUAAAGAGGAGGAGAUCAUUGUGUGCAGCACCAUGAAGAAUGAUGACUCGUACUCUCAUUACUCGCUCUCUGUCCACGGCUGCCGCCUCUCCCUCUUCUACUGGCCUGAUGUCUCCGCUGCACGGCCUGUCAAGUUCUUGUGGAAACUGGAGCAGGUGUGUGACAGCGAAUGGCAUCAUCUUUCACUCAGUGUCCAGUUCCCCUCCGUGACUCUGUACGUGGAUGGUGUGACCUUCGACCCCGCCCUAAUCCAUGAUAACGGUGCAAUUCCCAACCCAGCACCCCGCCAAAGGAUGUUCAUCGGAGCCUGCUGGGAGCCCGAGGAGAAGCAGAAAGAGAUAGUAAACAACACAAUUCCAGAGAGCAAAGAUGCAGUGAAAUACGUUGGGGGGUACCACGGCCUGCUGUCAGGGGUGACGGUGCGUCCUGGGAGCGUGGAGCCUCAUAGCGUGGUGGAGUGUCUGUACGCCUGCAGGGAGGGCCUGGAUUUUGGAGACCUGGAGACUUUGGGCUCUGGAAUGAAGGUCCACGUGAACCCGAGCCAGUCUGUGUUAGUGCUGGAAGGAGACGACAUCGAGAGCUUCAACCGUGCGGUGCAGCAGGUCACCUACAGGAACUCGCUUCGAUUUGCCACCCCUGGAGUCCGUCCGCUAAAGCUCACCACUUCACUCAGAUGCUUCAAUGAGGAGAGCUGUCUGACCCUCAAGCAGCUGGAAGGAUACCUGGUGGUUCUCCAGCCUGAUGCUCCUCAGAUCUCUCUGUCGGGAGUCGGGCCUCAUCUGGCACGUCCAGCCCCCGAGUUUGAAGGCUCCCAGGGUGUCCCCCUCUUCCCUGAGCUCCGUAUCGUCUGCUCUCUGUCACAUGCUGUCAACACAGCAGCACAGGGGAUGGAGGGUGGAGCUUUGAUGUCAGAUGCCGUAGCUCAUACUUUGGACGGCUGUGAGGUGCAACCUUUGGGGGAGGAGCUCAACCCAGAGAAGGAGGAGCUUAUGGUGGACAUGGAUGUCGUCAGAGAGAGAGGACUUGAAAUCAUCAAUACUACAGCUUACAUUGCCAUCACGGGUGCUGAAUCCAUCUCUGUGUACGAGGACAUCCUUCGCUCCAUCCGCUACCGUCUAGCCAAGGGCUCCGCUCGCUUUGAGCGCCGGUUCCGCCUGUCUUGCUCUGAGAUGAACGGCAGAUACACCAGCAAUGAGUUGACUCUGGAGGUGAACUUCCUUCACUCUAUGGACAGCCUUUAUCACCCCUCCCACCUGCUCGCCUCCGAGCAGUUCCUCCAUCCAUCCCACCAUGCCGGGGAGCUGAGUGGACACACGCUUCCUAAUCCACACCGCAACUCUGUGGUACCCGGAGCAGCCACUGUCAUCAUCAUGGUGUGUGUGGGGUUCCUGGUUGUCAUGGUGAUCCUGGGUGUCUUCCGAAUCCGUUCCAUUCACCGCCGAGGUGAAAGUACAAGAGGCGGGGCCAAAGAGGGCAGUGGCCAAUGGGACGACUCUGCGCUGACCAUCAUUGUCAACCCAAUGGAGUCUUAUGAAUCUCGUAUGGGCAUCUCUGCCGACACAGAGGGUGAGGGGGAGGAAGACGAAGAGGCGGUGGAGACGCCCGACGACGCCAGCGACGAUCAGCGAAUCAUCAUCAAGAAGGAGGGCAGAGAUGGCGGUGCCCGUCGCUACUGAGCCACGUGCAUCUCUGCGGCAGUUCUCAUGGAAACCACAAAUCAGCUCACCAGUCACACACUUCAAUACUUUUAAUGUCAACAACUGCUGACACCCGUGAUCAAAGGAAUGUAUGCUUACACACACUAACGCACAACACUGUAAUACACCUCACACUCAUUGCCAUAUGUGACCUGUAGCCAACAACAAGCUAUUGUUGUCCACCUAAAUGUUCAAUGGCACAAUAUAAACAACUAAUGUAAAUGAAGAGCUUGACGAAACCCCACCAAACUUGUUUGUGAUGCACUGAUUCACAAAAUGCUCAUGUGUCUGUAUGGUGUAAUUUGGGAAGAGAAGGACUGAAAAAAAUGUCUCAUAUUUGCUAUUAAAAACCAAUGAAACUAUUUCCAAAUAUAAGCUAGAACAAUUUGCAACAGGAAGGCAUUGAGUUGUGGAGGAAGACAUGCAUCUCUCUGGAUUUCUGCAUUGGGAAGUCUGUGCACAAGCUCUUAUUUUCCCUUUCUCUGACACAUUCCUUUACCCUCAAAGAGCAAAGACAUUAAGUUCACUCGCAACGGCCACAUAAACCUUAAAUACCUGUAGGUGUUCUUCCCUCUAUCGUGAGAUUAGUUUACUUCUUCAGAUCCAAGCUCGUUGAAUCUGAAUCUACUGAUAAUACUGAAACGCUUUCUUGCACAACCUUCACUCAAGCUGGCACUUUCUCAACAUUCAUAGAAUACAAAGUUAAAGCCCUUCGUUCGAUCCUGAGCAUUUACAAAGUUGCAUUUUCUACUAUAAAUGGAAUUAAUGGUUCACUUUUGCCACACACAUGUAAACACACACACUCCAUGACAUUACCCCUCGCUGUUUUCAGAAUGUCCGCUCAGCUUGGGCAGUUUUGAUUGUAUUGAUUGUAAUGAAUUUUCUGUAUAUACAAUGAAGACUACUAUGAUGUUAUUGAUAUUACUAUUAUAUUUGCAUCCACUCUUUUACUGCACAUUUUUGAGAGGGAGCAGAUUAUAAUUUAACAUUUAUAAUUUAACAUGAAGAAUCACUUUUCAACUCAAAGAAGUAAUAUAAUAAUGAUAAAUAGUAGUAGUGAUAAGGAUGAUAUUCCCUGGCUUGAUGAGUGUCUCUUAAUUUGUGUGUAAUAAUGUUGUAAUUUAUGAACUUGUCAAUAUCUGAGUCACAAAAAAGGAGAGCACAUUGUUGUAAGACUUUCACUCAUUUCAAGUUUUUUUUUAUUUGUUGUUGCUGAUAUUUUAUGUUGUUUUCAUGACUUCUAGUAAUUUUAAUUUAAUAAAUGUUCAACCGUGUGCUUCUCCUCAUCUUUACCUCGCCUUCAUCCCCUCACCUCUCCAUCACUCUCCCUCUGUGUCUCUUGCUGUCUGUGUAUCCUACCAAUGUGCAGUGCUAAGGUUGUCAGUAAAUAAAGCCUCUUGUUUUUGAGUGUGAUGUUAAAGAGCGAAUAAACAUUGCAUUGAUAAAUAACUUAUAUUAAUACUAUGUUACGAUUUGGAGAUUUACCUGUAAUUAUUGAUACACUGACGACGUGGAUUAAGCUGACUAAUUGUUACUGAGAAGUGUCAGAAAACAUUACAAAAUUCAUAAUAAAAGCCACUAUAUGACGUCUCCAUGAGAAA